UAUCAAAUUAUAAUUUUUUAAAAAAUACCAAGUAAAAAAUUAAUAAAAAAGCAAAAGAAUCAAAUUAUAAUUUUUAAAAAAAAAUGCAACAAAAAAUUCCAACUGUAAUUAUUAUUGGUGCAGGUCUAGGAGGCCUUACUUUUUAUCACGCUUUGAUAAAGAAUAAAGAUAAAAAAGAAUUCGACGUAAAAAUCUUCGAACGAGAAUCUGGUCCUCAAGACCGAUGGCAAGGAUAUCAUAUAGGCAUAAACAAUUAUGGAGCUCGAUCUCUUAUAAAUUGUAUUUCCCCAUCGAUCGCUUUAAACCUUCCAAAAGCAAUGCCAAAUCCAAUUCCUAAUCUAGAAUAUCAUGGAUUUUCACUUGCCGAUCAUACAGGAAGUCUACUAUUAAAACCUCCAACUAAACAAGUUAAAGAUGUUUACGAAGUCGCAAAUACAACCAAUAGUUUAUCGACAAUUAUUACUUAUCGUGAUAGGCUUAGAGAUAUUCUAUUAGAAAAUGUACCAGUUCAAUGGGGUAAAAAAUGUAUUGGAUAUGAGGAAACUGAUGAUGGUGUUUGGGUACUUUUUGAAGAUGGAUCGAAAGAAUUUUGUGACAUAUUAGUUGGUGCAGAUGGCGUCAAUUCUCCAGUUCGAAAACAAAAAUUACCAGAAUUGCAAAUUUUUGAUUACGGAAUAACUAUGAUUAUUGCGGAUGUAGCCGCACCUAAAAACCUUUUAGACAGAUUGAUCAAACUCAAUGGAAACGGUACAUUUCAAGAAACUGUUGGAUUUUAUGGAGAUACUACGUUUAUUUUUUUUCGUCAUAUUCCAAUAGAACAAGAAAAUUUUGAGAAUAAAAAUGAAACCUAUUAUAGAGCGACAAUACUUUAUGGAUAUCCAACUAAAUUAGAUGAUGAACAUGAUGAACACAAAGUUGAUGAUGAAGAUUCUGCAUCUGUCGUUAAUCAUGUAAAAUAUUAUAUUCGAAAAUUAAGACCAAAAUGCGAAAUGACUAACAUCGUAUUGGAAUUAUGGGACUUGGUUCCCAAAACGACUCCUGAUUCAAAAAAAUAUCCAUUCAAAACUUAUAAUCCUGUACGAAGAAGAAAGAUGCGAGAUAUUGAUCCGUUAUCUAUUAAUACAUGGACGAGUAUUAGAGUUACAUUAUUAGGAGAUGCCGCUCAUGCUACAAGUCCUGUAUUAGGAAUAGGAGCGAACAAUGCUAUUGAAGAUGCUGAAGUUCUUUCUAAAGCAUUACUUAAUUAUUCUCCAGAGAAUUAUAUUUCUUGUAUUAAAGAAUAUGAAAAUGAAAUGUUAAAACGAAAUUCCACGGAUGUGCUACAUUCUAGAUCUAUCGCAUUAAGACAAGCUUCUCAAGUUGGAUAUAUUGGUUCUAUUUUUAGAAAUAAUUUUAUGAGAAUUGUAAAUUUUUUCAUAAAUUUCUUUGAUCUUAAUUUUCUUGUUAGAAAAACUAGCUAA